UUGUAAACAAGUUUGGUCUGGAAAUUCCAUUAUCAAAAUCAUUUAUUGUGAGAUUGUGUUAAAAGUUUGUUUCGCAAUUUUUCCAAUUAAUCAUUUUGAAAUUACUUUUAGUUUGCCACUUUUCUAUUGUCACUUGCCAAACAGUCAAGUAAAGAAAUUGUCAUGAUAUUCUAACCUGUCUUGGAAAAAUAAAAUACCGUGCUACACAUCCAGAUGGCCAGAAUUUACUACCAUUUUAAGAAAAUACUCUGGGAAGGAAAUGGAAGCAUCUAAAGACAAAGAUGACGAAGAAGCCGUAAAAAUAAAAGAGGACGAGUCUGAGCCAGCUGACAAGAACUACAAAACAAAAUGCAUUGAAGAAGCUGCAAAGAAAAUGGAUUCACCAAAAAGCAAAGGUGAACAAGGUGAAACAAAAGUGAAGGAAGUUCAAUCUAAGACAGGCGAUAAGGACUCAAAAACAAAAUCCAAAGAUGGUAAAUCAACAGAUGCUUCCAAAAAGAAAGGGAAGCUGUUCAAACCACCUACAAAGGUUGUGGUUCGCCGCCUUCCCCCUUCUAUGACUGAGGAAGAAUUUCUGCAGCAAGUGGAGCCGCUGCCACCAGUCGAUUUCAUGUACUUUGUACAAGCGGACAACUCGUUGGCCCCAAACAACUUCUGCAGGGCUUAUCUAAACUUUGUCAAUCAACAAGACAUUUUUAUUUUCACGCAAAAGUUUGACAACUACGUCUUUGUUGAUAAUAAAGGUAUUGAAUAUCCAGCUGUCGUUGAGUUUGCUCCUUUCCAACGGAUUCCCAAACAAAGGCCGAAUAAGAAGAAGGAUUCGAAGAGCGGCACAUUGGAAACUGAUCCAUUCUAUGUCUCGUUCUUGGAGAAACUGGAGAUUGAAGCUCAAGAAAUGUCUUCCGCCAAUAAUAACGCUAAGCAACAUUUCUUUGAAACCAAUGUGGAUACAAGUGAAGCCACCAAAGUCAGUACCACGCCACUUUUAGAAUUUCUGCAUAAUAAAUAUCAAGAAAGGCGGCGUCUGAGAGAAGAGAAGCGCAAAAAAGAUAUUGAACGUAAAAAAGCGAAAGAUGAAUUCAAGAAAGCUGCUAAGAAAGACGAGGAAACGCCUCCCAUUGUUAAGGUCCUUCAUGGAAAUGCUGCUGGUAAAGACAAGCUGAAGGACAAAGAGAAUAGUCAUCCUACUUUCAAUAAAAAACGACCUGAUGAAAAAGUGAGAGAGAAUAGGGUUCGAGUGUGGAAAAGUUACCAAGAUGAAAAACCGAAACAAGUGGAGAAACGAGAAGAUCAAAAGCGAAAACCAGGUCUCGGCAAAUCCCAAAAGUCUUCCAACGACGAAACCAGAGAAGAAGAUCAGAUCACAAAGGACAAUGAAGAUGUCAAAGAUGACGAAGAUUAUUAUGAUGAAAAAACGGAAAAAGUACAAGACGAAGAAAAAGAUACCAGUGAGAAUAGUACAACAACGCAAAAGAAAGUUACAAGUGGUCAAGCGUAUCAGGAGUACCAGGAAGCCCAAAGAGCGAAGAGAAAUGAAGAGAGACGGCGUUAUAGAGAAGAACGAGCACUGAAGAGGAAGGAAGAACGACUUCGGCAUAAGAAGGCAGCUGCAGAAAAGAGAGCCCUUGAUAACAACGAGAGGUACAAAGACAGAUCUGGAUCAGGUGGCUCCAAAGGCCCGCCUUCGAGUGUGGAUAGAAAGGCAAAAAGCUCUUAUAGUUCAAGAUUUGAGGAUGCAGGUGAAUGGAAAAAGCAUAGUGAGAGAGCCAAAGAUUUCGAUAAGAAAGUUAAAGAAGCUAGUGACAGGAAAAUGUCAUCAAAUAAUGAUAAUGAUUGCCAUAGUUCAGAUAGACUUGUUUCCAAAGAUGUCAGUCACGAUGCCGGUGAGUCAAGUGGCAGUUGUAAAAGAGCAACAUCAUCUGAAGCUGACGCAGGUGACGGUGACGGCAGGGAUCCAUCAUCGAAAUUAGAAUCGAGUAACUCUAUAGAUGGUCAAAAUAAUAACGGGAGAAGUAACUCAGAAUCAAUGGAUAGAGAAAACACACCAGAAGAAAACAACAAAAAAGCUGGCAUCAGUAAAGAUAGUAAAAUCAUCAUGAAAAGAGGAUCUGAUAUCGAACUUGGUGUUAAUGACGAAGACAUUAAAACCAAUGAAGAAGUUUCUAGUUUCAUGUCGAAUGAAGACAAAAAAGAAGAAUGUAUAAAACGGCGAAAUUCAAUGGAAAUGUACAAAGAUGGCAAAGAAGAGAAUGGCGAAAAGCACAAGCGAAGAGAAAGUGGAAGGCGAAGCUCUUUGGAGUCAGGCGACCAGAAUGUAUCGGUCAAGUCGUUGGCUGAACGCAGAGACCAAGGCAAGGAAGAAUCGGGUGAUAGUAAAGAAAGACUGAAAGAGCAGGGAGAAGAUCCGAGAACGAAACGGAGAAUCAGAAACAAGGAUCGUCCCAGCAUGGAGAUCUACCGGCCGGGCAUGGGCAGAUUCAGCAAGCAGCGGCUGGAGAAAGACAAGGUCGGCAGCAGCACCGAAGUCGACUCUCCCUCUCCCUCACCCUCCCCCACACCCACCCCCAAACUUAGACAUAGCAAUAGUAAUUCCAGUUCGCAAGGUCGUGCCACAUAAUUUAUACUGUUCGCGUCUUUAAUGUGAAAAACAAAUAAAAACUCAAAAUAUUUUGUAUCGUUAUUA